CCGUUGUUCCCGUUGUGAGACCUCGAUUCGGCCGGCGCACGUCAGCACCCUGCACCCAGCACCUAGCACCCUGCCCACGGACCGGCACCACGGGUCUGUCCGGACGGAUCUCGAGUGCUCCGCCGACCCGAAGUCUAUACCGUUCGUUCCCAGGCGCCCUUGCGCACCACCACCACUUCCUCUUCCUCCUCACCACCACGACCAGCGCCAACCACGAUGGGGUCAUCACCACUCUCGCUGAAGCGCGCCCUGCUUCUCUCGGCCUUCCUCGCCCUCGGGGUCCUGGCCCAGAACAACAACAACAACAAUAACAACCCUGGCAAGCCUGGCGAUACGACAACGGGGAACCAAAAUGAUGCUACGCCCACCCAGACCCAGCCGACGAACAAUGACAACAACAAUAAAAACACCCCAACACCAACGUCGCAGACAUCGCAAGCCGGCCAAACCACCGGCACUACCCCAACGGAUUCACCAACGACCUCGCCAUCAACAGCACAAACCACACCGGACUCGUCAAUGACGCUGCCCCAUCUGAGCACCUCGACGACUACCUCAGAAACCUUCCUGACCGGCAUGCCGACGCUCUCAACACCGGCCGACGACAGCAUUCCCACAUAUCCCCCGCCCACGAUCCCGCCGACUCACAACGCCCCCUUCAUGAACCACUCCACUCUGCCCGAUGGCACUGUGUUCAUCGCCGUCGGCGCUAUCCUAGGGGCCUUCGGCGUGGCCGUCCUGGCCUGGCGCGGCAUCGUCGCCUGCAUGCUGCACCGGUCGGUCGCCCGCGCCGCCAUGGCGCAGCACGCCGCUAACAACGGCCGCGGCGUCGCCGACAAGAACGCAGCCUCCUUCCCCGCACCGCCGGCGCAAUUCUACAAGUACAUCGAGCGCGAGUCGUCGCCCUCGCUCGGCGGCCCGGGCCUGGGCGGCUCCACCGGCCGGCGCACGCACCGCGGCCCGACGCCGUCCGCCACGCCCAGCCAGACGAACCUGUUCUUCUCGCCGACCGCGGCCGGCUCGUCCUCCGGCCUGGGCGCCGCCGGCGCCUCGAACCGCGACUCGGCCCGCUUCCUGCCCUCGGGCUUCUACGCCGCGGCCUCGCCCGUCGCCGGCGGCGGCGGCCACGGCCACGGCCACGGCAACUCGAUAAGCAUGAGCACGCUGCGGCCGUCGUCGCGCGGGCGCGCCGGCCAGAUGGGUCCCUCGCCGCCCGAGUCGCCCGACGUCGGCCCCCGCGUCGCCUCCCGCAACUUCAGCACCAGCUCCCUCAACCUCAACCGCCCGCCCAGCGCCGGCGCCAGGGCCCCCAGCGCGUACCUGGACGACCUGCUCGACGAGCAGCCCGGCCAGUUCCCGCCCGCUGCGGGCAGCCCGACGUCGCCUCAUGGACAUGGCGGUCCGGGGAGGCGGUUUUAGGGCGGUG